ACUGAGAUCGGAGAGGAAAUGUUUGAAGCGGGAGGUGGUGCUCGAAGGCCAAUUCGCACGGCGAACUACACGGAGGUUGAGGAUGUCCUCUUGGUCAAGGCUUGGUCGCAAGUGGGCUUGGAUGCGGUCACCGGCACCGAUCAAACCGGGAAACGUUAUUGGCAACACAUUGAGGACAAGUAUUGUAAGAUGAAACCCAAGAUUGCCACAUUGAGAGCUCGUUCUUACCGAUCGCUUCAAGGCCGGUGGGAGUUGAUGAAACCCGCUUGUGCUCGUUGGAGUGCGACUAUGGAUCAAGUGAGGGAUCAACCCCCAAGUGGCUGUGUUGAGAGUGAUUAUGAGAAAUAUGCCGACUUGAGGUACAAGGACAUGGCCGGUUUCAAGGGCAAAUCCUUCCCAUUCAUGCAUUGUUGGGCAUUGCUCCAACAUCUUGACAAAUGGAAAUUGAGGGAUCAAGAGAGUGCAUCGAAAAAAUCGGAUAUGCUAAAAAUGGAUGAUAGUGAUGAAGAAGGAAGAAACCAUGACAAGCCCGGGGGAACCAAGAAGGCAAAAGAGAGGAUGAAGAUGGAAGCGGAGGCAUCAAGUCAAAGGAGGCAUUGGCGGCGAAGGCAUUGGAGGCAAAGCUUAUUAUCACCGAGAGAAAGAAAGAGGUGAAACUUGCACAAUUGGAAGUAAAGGCGAGAAGAUGCCAAGCGCAAGGCCGACAUGGAGGAGAGGAUGAUCAAGCUCAAGGAAGCAAAAGCAUGGAAGGAGCUCAUGGCUGAGGAGAAGGAGCACAUGAUGAUGUCUAGAAAGGACAUGGAUGAAGAGCAAUUGGCGUGGUGGAAGGAGUACAAGGAGAACAUCACCGAGAGGAAGAGGCUACUGCAUGGUGCUGGUGGUGGUGCGUUGUCUACUCUCCGAGGUGAGUCUCCGAUGAGUGGUGGAGGCGAUGGAGGUGUGGACAAC